GUCAAAUAAAAGCUGCAUUUUGAGCCUCUUUGUACAUAUCUGAGUUUCGGGACGCCAUUGACCCACUCAUAGCCAAAUUCAAGAGAGGAUGAACUCAAUCACGUUUGCGUUGUUUCUCUUCACUGGGCUACAAGGUUGCGCUCUGACCGCGGAGAGUGAUGGCUUCUUGAAUAACGGACCGGAUGCGCUGAUGACAGCUGGGAGUCCCUGUGAGGACUGCACAAAAAUAAUCAACCUCUUUGUCGACCUGCUUUCCAACGCAGACCUCCAGAAAAAAAUAACGCUUGGCAUCAACCAGCUGUGUGACCAUCUGCCCGGGAAAGCCGGUGUGGCUGAAUUAUGCAAGGAGGAGGUGGACAAGAUCCUUCCAGUGGCCAUCAGCUUGAUCACUGUCAUAGCAAGCCCCCGGGACAUCUGCAAAAUCACUGGGCUGUGCGGCUCAGACGACCAGCAGAAAACGUUGGGCUCUUUGCUCAACGAGGCGCUCCAGCUUGCUCCAUUGCAAGCAAAUGGGAAGCCAACGUCGCCGUGCUCAUUCUGCAUUUUUUUCAUCAAGACACUGGAUGACUUGCUGCCCAAAGAGAGGACUGAGGAGGCCGUGGUGGAGCUGAUGGAGGACGUCUGUCACAUCAUGCCCAUCUCCUACCGUAAUCAGUGCCAGUUUGUCAUCGGCACAUUCAGCAAGACGCUGCUGGACGCCCUCCUAAGCUUUGCCACCCCGAAGGCCAUCUGCACACUCAUCCGCCUGUGCAAGAGUCAGGAGGGUCCUCCCGUUGACCCCUGCACUUUGGCAACCUACAGGUGCAGGGACCUACCAACCUCUCUGAAAUGUGGGACUCUGUUCUACUGUCAAAGAUUUGCCUGGAAACCCCUCAGCUACAACACUCUUUGAAGACUUGUCAGGCUGGAAUUGUGAGUCAUCACCUGUCUGAGCCAGGUGUUGCGGUUAAAGAAACUACAAAUGGCCUCUGUCUCUUGACUCCUGAUAUUCCUGCUAUGCUUUUCAGGUUCUGAACAGAAACCUCAAGGCAUUGUGUGUGCUUUUCUCACUCUCUGUGGAUUGGUUUGGGAGCGCGUGGCUCAGAUAAGAUCAUGAACUACAGAUUUUGUACUCGUAACAUCUUUUAUCCAAAGCUGUAAUUGUUUGCAUCAAUUGUUGAGUAAAAAAAAAAAAAUAAAAAUCA